AUGAUAUUAAAUGAAUUGAUAAAUAAAAGGUAUUGGUACAUUAAUAAGAAUUGGAGAAUUCGACAUCAGAUACUAACAAUAUAGAUCGCUAGUUUAAUUUUGGUUUUUGCCUUAUUGACAACAAUCAUAAUUGGAGGUCAAAUUUUAGUUCAAAAAAGCAUUCAAGAAUCUGCAGAUAUAAUAUUUAUUAGAUAAACUCAAUCAGAAUUAAAUAGUGUAUGGAUGUACAAAAAUAACAUUCUAACACUCUUAAAUUCUGCUAACAAACAGAUUUCAAUUAUCAAUAAGUUUAAUCACUACUUCUAAUCAACUUCAUUUAAUAUAGUUGAUCCAGUAUAAUGUUUAAAUAAAGAGAAUACAAAUGAUACUUACAGUUAUAGUUCUUCAUUCUGUUUUGGCAUAUUUAAUGAGACUUGUACUUAAGAGGACAUCAAAGAAUUAAAAAUCGUUUAUAAAAUAACAUCUAUUCUAACUUAAUUUAGAAAUUCAAUUGAUAAUACCUAAGCUUUAUAUUUUAGUCAUGCAAAUUAUGCAUAAUUCUAUACACUAAGUUAAGGUUUUUAUUUUAAAAGUGGAUUCAAACCGCACACAAGACCAUGGUAUACAUUUCAUAGAAAUUAAACAAUUAAUAGCACAAACAUAAAGGAAAUUAUAUAUGGGAAUCCUUAUAAAAUUUUCCUUAGUGGAGGUGGGAUUCGUAUAGCAAUGACAUCAAAUUUAAUAAGUAUAAAGAAUGAAAUAGAGGGUGUGAUUGCUAAAGAUAUUGAUUUUAAUUAAACAUAAGCUUUAAAAUAUUAGGAUGAUUAAACCACAGUCACUAUUAUAAAUUUAAAAGGAUAAGUCAUUUAUAGUAAACUUUAUGAUAAUCCUAAUUAAACUAUAUUUUCUUUAAUGGAUUAAAAUUAUUCAGGUUUUAAUCAAACAGAUUUUGAAUAAAUUUUAAAUUAUCAUAAUAAAGUAAAUUAUUCUAGCAGUUGUAGUAAUUUUAAACAAUAAGAUAAUGUUCUUUGUAGAUAUAAUUCAAAAUUAAAUGAUUCUAGUAUUAUUUAAACAGCUAAUAUAAAUGAUACUCCAUAUAUACUAUUACUAGUUAAAAAUACUAAUUACUUGAAAUUAGUUUAAUUUUUAUAAUUAUCUCUUAUAGUUGAUGAAUAUAAUAAUAUCAUUCAAUAACAUCUCAUUAUAUUCUUAUGCAUAACACUAUUAAUCAUAUUUCUAACAUAUAUGAUUUCAAUUCUAUUAUUAAAUUAACUAAAUAUCCUAAUUAUGCAAACUAAUGAUCAUCUUUUUAAUAAAAAAGCUUCAACUUUCAAAAAUGGAGUUUUUAGAAACAAAUAUUAUUUUCAAUCAACUGAAGUAACAAACCUAUUAUUAAGUGUGAUUGGAUUGAUGCAUAAUAUUAAUUCUAAUAGAAAAAAUGAAGAAUGUUUAUAUGAAGAACAAAAAUAAUUUCCUAAAAUAAUUAGAAUGAAUGAUAUUGUUAGAUAUGUUAUUAAAAGUUAAAUAGAUACACUAUAAAAUAGAUUAUUGUAAAAUAAAAAUAAAAUUAAUAAAAAAGAUUUGAGGAUAUUAAUAAAUUACUUUAGAUAACCUGAAAAUUUCACAUGA